AUGCAUUCCUUAGUUUUUUGCAUCGGAUCCCAUGAGGUCAUUCCAGGCACAAGUCAAGCAGGAGGACAAUGGGACCCGAGUCUGGAAAUUCGUGCUCGCACAAUGGAAGACCGUUGUCAAGUCUCGAGAACAGAUGCGUCGAUGCUUUAAACGAGGCGAGGUGUCUGUCAAUGGCGUAGUUGCGGAAGUAACUAGGAUCCUUGUAACAGGCGAUCUGGUCCAAAUCAAAUUUGAUGCUCAGGCUGCACAUGAGUCCGUCUAUGGGAAAGAAAAACUUGAGAUCUGCUAUGAAGAUAAUGAUCUCGCAGUAAUCAUCAAGCCCUCGGGAAAAACAAUGGUUGCUGUGGGAUUUAUGUUGCCCUUCUCACUCACUCCGAGUAUUAAUGCUGAGCCAGGAAAUGGAGAGGAGAAGAUGGAUGAAAAUAAAAGCCAGCUCAAGAUGGACGCAACUUCGACAGUACUGCUUGAACUUGACAAGCAAGGCACAUCUCCAACCUCAAAUGAAGAUGAGUGGACUUCUCCGGAGCAUGAUCUCGGACAAGAGAAUGAGCUUAGUGAUGAUGAUAGCGACGAGUUCGCUGCAUUUGAUGUACCUUCCAACAUUUCGCCAACUCUUGGGCAACAGAAUUGCCUCCCAUGUGCAAUCCAUGGGGUUGAAAAGGCUUCAAACGGACUUGUUCUUAUUGCAAAGACUGCAGAGAUGCGCUCAACGCUUAUGCAGAUGCACAACAGCGGCAAAAUCACCAGAACUUUCAGGGUCAUAUGUCAUGGAGGUUGGUCACGAGAUGGGGCUCAGGAAAUAGAAAAUGAUAUGCAGCAUCCUCUCGUUUAUGAUGAAGGAAGUAUGAUUCCUGUGAAUCCUGGAUUUUUAGAUGCAAAGUGUAUAGAGUCUAUACGUGUUGUUAAAGUGACUCCAUCCAACGAAGCAGGAAGUCUCUCUACUCUGGAUGUCGUGCUACGGUCGCCAUUUUUGGGUGUCAAUGUACGUCGGUACCUCAUGUCCGCACACCAUCCUGUUAUAGGAGACAGCGGCAAUACAAAACCUCUCAAAGCAAAUCGCAACAAAGGCCUGCUAUCAUGCCUUGCCAAGGUAGAAUUUAUCCAUCCUAAUCUCAACAUUCCCAUCACUGUCCAUUUGGAGGAGCCAGUCAAAUUUGAGCAGCUGAGGAUACGUGAGCAAAAGGCGUGUCUACGUCGUCAGGCGAAUGACCUGGCGGAACUCAAAAAAGGGGGUUUGGAACUUACACAAACAUAUAGUCGUGCUUCCGAGUUACCUAUCGCAUAUCUGGUGGGCGAGAAGGAUUUUUGUGAUAUGCGGUUCAAAGUAUCACCAUCGACGUUAAUCCCCCGCGCCAGCACAGAAACACUUGUUCAUACUGCCAUCUCACUUGCAAAGGAUCGAUCGAUCAAAAUCCUUGAUGUGGGGACAGGAAGCGGCUGUUUGCUAUUGGCUUUGCUAAAGAACCUUCCUACAUCUAUUGGAGUUGGUAUAGAUAUCAGCCAAGAGGCACUCGAAAUAGCCCAAAUCAACUGUCAAAUGCAUGGCCUGACAAAUCGAGCUUUAUUCGAGAUAGGGGAUCUUGGACAGCUGGAUAGCACUCCUAGUCUUUUCAAAUCAUUUGAUCUCCUUGUGUGUAACCCACCUUACUUGGAUAGCAGUAAAGCAGAAAAGCUGAAGAAACUAUUUGAUGGCACGGAGCAUGAACCACCAAUAGCCCUAUUUGCAAGUAGUGAAGGCUAUGGAGCAUAUGAACUAUUGGCUGCAAGCUUGUUCCGCAACCUUUGCACUCCUGCUGAGCGCCGUGUUAUGGCCGAUGGAGCGCACGUCAUCCUAGAAAUUGGCAGUGGAAUGGGCCAACGUGUCCGGGAAUUAUUCAAGUUUUUACGUUUUGUAGAAUCAUUUAGGGACAAGCAAGACUCUGAGCGAUGCCUUGUGUUUGCGCUACCAGAGGCUAGGCCUGUAGAUUAUCAAUAAAAG